CCCUGGUGGGCAUGAGCCUGACAUUCCACCCAGUGUGCUGGAGGAUCGCUUCUUUGGCCCAUGACCCAACGUGGAUCUCUCAAGGUCAAAUCGCAAGUGGAGCAGGACUAGGAGCUAAUCUCUGGCUCACUGUCGACUAUCUCACGCUAACUCCUCAUAACAAAAUAUCCGGGCUUUAUGAUUGCGAGCCAAGUUCAGCCGACCCUCUGACACAGGCUUUACUCAUCUCAGCCAAUAAAUGCGACAUCGCAGAGCUGACCCACCCACUGUCCACAACUAUCCACUUCGCAGAUCUAAACGGUGAUGGCCGAACCGAAUAUCUAUACGUUGACGGCAGCGGAGGCGUGACUGCAUUCCUCAAUCUUGGCGGUCCAGACAAUGGUCCUAACGCAGCUCGGAUAUCAUGGCUUCCACAAGGCGUCAUCGCUUCUGGUGUAGGAGCCAACCGCAGCAGCGUCCGGUUCGGGGAUCUGAAUGGAGAUGGGAGAGCGGAGUAUAUAUAUGUUAAUACUGAUGGCUCUGUGGAAGCAUACCUCAAUCUCGGCGGGCCGGAUAACGGCGCCAAUGCCGCAAAAGUGAGUUGCCUGCCACAAGGCACGAUCGCGACCGGUGUUGGACAAGGUAGGGAUAAUGUCGUGGUUGCUGAUAUCAAUGGGGAUAGGAGGGCCGAUUAUCUGGCUUCGUCGAGGACUGAUGGGAGUACGAUGGCCUAGAUAAAUGGUGGGGGGCCGGAUAAUGGGCCGAAUGCGGCGAAGGUUGUGUGGUACCCGCAUGGGACGAUAGGCACGGGGGUAGGGACGAAUGGGAAGGGAGUGCAGUUUGCGGAUCUGAAUGGUGAUGGGAGGGCAGAAUACUUGGAUGUGGAUUUUGAGACUAGUGCGGUCAAUGCUUGGCUGAAUGGGUGC